ACACAGUGUUCAUCUACUUAUCAGAAGAAGGUUCAAGAAAGUAAGAAAAGCAAAAAGAGUGGGGGAGUUGCAGACAGAGGAGAAAACUGGUAAGAGCCCUGAUCUGCAGUCAAGAGUUGAGGAUAAGCCAAGCCCUAAGGAUUAGCCUGCCAAUAAUCAUGGACAGUAAGGACUCACAGCCUCCCCAAAAGCAAAUCAUCCAAAUAAAAAUGAAUCACCUAUUCCCCAAUGAAAAUAAAAAUUUUUCUGGGUAUGCUCAAAACUGUAAAAAUGGCAGUUGUGUUCUUGACCUCUCCAAGUGUCUUUUCAUUCAGGGAAAACUGUUGUUUGCCGAGACCAAAGAGGAGGUAUUUCCAUUUAGCCAGAAUAUCAACAGCCAUUUGGCCAGCCUCUCAAUGCUCAGACACACGAUCCCCACUCCAGACCCGGCAGCUAGAGAGGCUUUGUGUGCCCCAGAUAACUUAAAUGCGAGUAUUGAAAGUCAGGGCCAGAUUAAGAUGUACAUCAAUGGAGUGUGUCGGGAGACUGUGUCACGUUGCUGCAACUCAUUUCUGCAGCAGGCUGGAUUAAAUUUGUUAAUAAGCAUGACAGUUAUUAAUAACAUGCUUGCCAAGUCCGUUUCAGACUUGAAGUUUCCUUUGAUAUCAGAGGAAAGUGGAUGUGCUAAGGUUCAGGUUUUGAAACUGCUGACGGGUUUGUCUGAAAAGCCAGUCUUGGCGGGGGAGUUAGUCGGUGCCCAGAUGCUCUUCUCAUUCAUGUCCCUCUUUAUCAGAAAUGGAAACAGAGAGAUUCUCCUGGAAACCCCUGCCCCAUAAAGGGCCCUCUCGAACACACUGGGACCGAUUCCACUCAAAACGCGCUUGGUUUGCAGAUGUCAAAGAAUCUGCAGAGGGUGUCACUGAAGAUCCAGCCUUAGCCAAUCACCGCCUCAUUGGGUGAAAGUUCCAGCGCUCAAUCCAGGACCACGCUCUUAUUGGCCAGGCAGGGGCUCCCACCGAGCUUUGAGUAACUUCUUGGUUGUGCAGGCUGCAGGCAAUGUUGGCAUUGUAAAUUCCUCCCUGGCAGCCUCCUUCACGAGGUGAGGGGAUCACUUCGGCUGCCUGCUGUGGACAAAGAACAUCAAAUUACAGCAUCACGAGUGCUAUUGUUGCCUGUGGUGGUCUCCCUGCCCAAGUGGGACCGCUUUGCAGAGACCAGACGCGUAUCGCAGCUUGAGCUGAAAAUGCAUUUGUUGCAGCUUAGGUUGAAUUAUUUUUCGUUUACCCUUUCUUCUACACGCGCCUGAUGGUUGGUGAACCUAAUCAUCAAAAAAGUGUACUGCUCUUCUGUCUAUUGUACUGACUUAACCUCUUCCACCCAAGCCGGCAUCUGUGUGUAUCAUCAAUAAAGUUGUGUGCUUUGAUUGGCAGAAAA